CAUACUGUACAAUCGACAUUGGCCAGUUCGUGUCCUCCACCAUGGCCACAGCAGGAAUUUAAGGAUGCACCUUGACCACUCACAGACCACACCAGAGGGGUUCCAUCCAAAACAAACUGGGGUUGUCAUCGUCAGUUAUUGUGUGAAUCGAAGAGUCACUGUCGUGGUGCAACCAUAACCUGAUGAUUUGAAGGAUUAUAGUUUUGCUGUCAAAAAAGGACGUGGAUUAUCAAAUAUCUAUUAGAUUCAUUAUUUUCUUGGCCUUCAGUUUUUGUCUCACAACUUCAAUUGGAUUACUACGGAGAUUCCUAAUAUUUUCCUUUCUACGUGAAAGUUUUGGAUUAUCGUCCCAACCUGAACCUGUCCUUCAACACCAGACAGGUCUCCCUUCUUAUCUCAGCCCACAGGAACAACUUACAGGAGAUCAACCUGAUAAUAACUCACCAACGCACCCUGGAAAGGCCAAGCCGUACCUGUCUGUCUAAUACAACAACCUUCGCAUAACCUACUCCUAUGAAUUGCAGUAGUCCACCUUGUUUUUUUGCCCAGAACUUUCCUUCUUUGAACCUACCAAUAUUCUUUCCUCAUCCUUCACUGCUAUCUCUCUCUACUUGAUUAUCUCAACAUCUCCUCCUUCUGUCCUUUUCUCUAUCCUCUCGCGCUUUCUCUCUCUGUGUGCUGUGUUGGUUGUUGUGAGCACCAGCCAUGGUGCUGCUGAAGCUGCAGUUCCCCCUGCAGAGGCGUGUGCGUCUGGCCCAGGGUCUGUGGCUGCUGUCCUGGCUGGCCGUGCUGGCUGGGGCCUUCACCUUCUCCCUGGGAGUGUACCUCAAGACCGAGCUGCUCCGCAGGGCAGAGGUGAUGGACAACACAGAGAUCCACGUGGUGCCUAACAUCUUGAUGCUGGUGGGCUUGGUAACCAUGGGGAUCAACCUGUUUGCUGGGCGGGUGUGUCAGGACUCCCUGGACUCUGCCCGAUUCCCUCCCUGGAAGCCCUUCCUGCUGCCCUGGUAUGGCCUGGCCUGGAUGGUGUGUGUCUGGUUGCUGUCUGCUGUGGUGCUCAGCUAUGCCCUGCAGGGACACCUCGAGGAGUCACUCAAGGUGGGCCUGAGGAACGGUAUCCGGUUCUAUCGGGACACGGACGUCCCGGGCCGCUGUUUCCAGAAGGAGACCAUCGACAGGCUGCAAAUGGAACUGCAUUGCUGCGGCAACACCAACUACAGGGACUGGUUCGAGGUGCAGUGGAUCAGCAACAGAUACCUGGACUUCACCUCUAAAGAAGUCAAAGAUCGUGUGCGUAGCAACGUGGACGGUCGUUACCUGAUGGAUGGAGUCCCCUUCAGCUGCUGUAACCCCGGCUCCCCUCGGCCCUGUCUCCAGAACCACCUGACUGACAACACUGCCCACUACAACUAUGAGCACCAGAGUGAGGAGCUGAACCUGUACACCCGCGGCUGCAGACAGGCGCUGGUCGACUACUACAUGGGCCUCAUGAACACCAUCGGCCCCGGGAUUCUGUCGGUCAUCUCCGUGCAGAUAUCAGUGUUGGUGAGCCUGCGGUACCUGCACACGUCUCUGGAGGGCGUGGACCCGGAGAACCCCGAAGCUGACAGCGAGGGCUACAUCCUGGCGAAGGGGGUUAAGGAGACCCUGAUGGAUGUCAAGACCACUGUGUUCAAACUGCUGCAGUUCGGACAGGUGGAGGCAGGUGACGAGGCAGAAGCUGGGGCGGACGGCGAGAAGGCAGCCACGUCCAGCUAGAUGAAAGAUAAUAUGUAACAAUAUAUGGGUUUGAGAAGGGGAGUGAGGCUGUAUUGUCAUGUGACCUCAUGAUGGUCUUGCCUGUGACCAGGCUAAUGUUUGGCUAGCUAUAGCGCUCUGUGUUGGGUUUGACAGGCACUGAUCUUUUUGGCUUGAUUUAUACUGCAACAAUGGAUGAGCACUAAAAUACAUAGGGAAUCUUAUUUUAUCAUUAAUCUUAUUUUAUCAUUAAUCUUAUUUUAUCAUUAAUCUUAUUUUAUCAUGCUCCGCACAGACUAGACAUGACAAGAUCUAACAAUCCAUAGUUUAAAAAAAAAAUGGACAGAAUUUGGAAUGAUAAUCUUUGAGACAAUGUUGUGUCCUGUUGCUCCUGAUGGACAAUACAUCAAGUAUUGCGGGGGAGGGUGAUGGUUCAUGUGGUCAAGAACAAACAAAGUCAAACUACUGAAAAGCACCCAAGAACACACACAUACAUUUUGUAAAUAUUCAAAAACAAUAUUCACAUACUGGUACACGAGUAAAUGAAAAAUCACAUAAACUGAUGUUCUGAUCUUUGAUUUGGAUCAGACAAAAUCUAAAUCACACAGGUAAUAACGUAAUAAUACAAACAUUCACCCAGUGUGAAGAAGGCCUACAGUCAAUUGGAUACUGGCCUGGCUAUAGAGUUUGUUAACGCACUGCUAAGUAACAUGUGAAGUUGGCAUCUGGCAUUGAAUAUAUUAAAGUUAGUUGCUUUUAAUGGA